UAAACAGAUUCAAAUGCUUAUUUCUCAUCUGUUCUUGUUCCAGGAAGAUUACAGAUGAGUGGCAUCACCUACCUGCUGAGGAAAAAUCUGUGUUUUUUUGUUACUGAUUGAGAUCUCUGCAAAUAGACUUGUGAGGAAAAAAAGUACCAAAAUUUGCCUGAAAAAUAAGGGAGAAAAUUAUGCUGCUGGAGUUUUGAGAACUGAGAACUAUUAUCAAAAAUAUUAAAAAUACUAUAUAUUCCCUGGAUUGUAUUAAGCAUACCUAAUUUAACAGACAUAGUAGGUCUUCAAAGAAGUGAGAGGCAGACCAGAAGCAUAAACAAGCAGUUAAGAUCAGAUGUAGAAAAGCUGUAAGCAGUAAGAAUGAAAUAUAUUAUGUAAUAAUAAUAGUAAUAAAAAACCAGCAAACGUUCAUGUAAUUCUAAUAAUAGAAAUCUAGAGAUCUGAACCAUGACAUGAUAAUGUUACAUCAGUACAAUACUUCAUGAACACAAUGCACUCUGAGCAAAAGAACACACAGUGGAGCACUGUGAAAGAGAUCUAUGCAUCCUUGUUGAUCAAAAAAUGAAGACAUCUUCACUGUAUGCAGUGACUUCUAAAAGUGUAGGAAGAACCAGUAUGGAAAACCAAAUACUGUCAUUAUAUCAAUCAAUAGCAAUUUCUUGCCCUGGAUAUUAUUUUCAGUUUUCAUUAUCUCAUUGCAGAAAGACUGAAAACCGAAUAAGUACAAUAGAACCACAUGAGAACAGCACUGAAGAGGUAUUCAUGGGCAGGGUACAUAUUCUUUGAAAGCAGACAUUAAAAAUUUAGGCUAGGAGACAUAAAAGGAGAUGUUGUGAAAACACUACAUAUUCUAGUAUACUUAUUUCAAUAAUAAAGGUGCUGAAAAUUAGUUUAAACCAACACGUUUUAAAAAGACAUUGUUAUUCUUUUAAGAGACAGUUAACCUGAGGAAAUUACUUAUGGAAAAUAUUUAUAAGAUUACAAUGUAAGCCUAAAAUCAGAUUACGCUUUUGUAAGACUCAGCACUGCACAGAAUUAAAAGCAAUCAUUCUUCAUGCACCAGGAUAUCAGUUAGUCACCAACUAGUGGAAGGGAAAAAUUCUCAUCUGUCAAUGCGAGCAAAAACACUUUAUGGUAGCUAAAAGGCCACCUGUGCCAGUGCUACAUCAUCCGUACAGUACAGAAGUGCUUUGUGAUGGUCAGACAGAACCUCUCAUGUUCCAGUUUGUACACUUCACCUCUUGACCUGGCACUGGGCAUUGAAAAGAUCCUGUGUCUUCAUUGCAUCCUCUCUUCAGAUACCCUCCUCACUAUGGUGGGGUGAAGAUAUGAUGGAACAACAUGAUAUGAUGGAACAACUCAGGUAAGGAGAGGGAGCUCACACACCAGGUACAAUUCUGCACAAAGCAGUUUCAGUUUGAGGAAGAUUCAUUUAAUUACACAUCAAAAAAGAACUAGGACAGUGAGAACUAAAAGCAAACUAAAACCACUUUCCCAUUCUAACUUGUGUCUAACUCAGGUAUUUGAAGUAAGGAUGGCAGCAGCACAUCUCAAGAAUGGUUCCCAAGCUGGUACACAUUUUCACUUGGUGUCGAAGCUCCAGUUUUAUGUAUUUUUUCAUAAUACUGAGGUUAUAUCCAUAACUCCUCCCAUGCCCAUGCUGAGGGCUAGUGCCAACCUACUUCCAUGAGGGCUGUGGGGCUGUGACGUCACAGAGUCAUCCCCACCCACCAGACUAUGACCUGAUGGCUCUGCCCAUGUAAGCCAACGGCCAGCACCUCAUCCCUCCCUGUGUGAUCGUGACCAGCUUUGAGCAAUGGUUGUCGACAGCUUUCUCCUUAUCCCCAGCCUCCUGCUCCUGGUGGCGGGGGUGUCUCUGCUCACCACUGCCUGGUGCCGACAGGGUCAUGACCAGCACCGACAGCAGUGGAGAUGGUGGCAGCGAGUGGUAGCACUGAAGCCAGAUGCUGAGAGUCAAGCUGGCAGGCACAGAAGCCCCCUGUGUGGGCCACAUUGCUCCCAGAAACAAGCUUCACGAUGGCAGGGCAGUCUCAUCCUGCCCCAUCUCAUCCAGCCAGGAAAGACCUGGCCUUUGUUGCUGCGCAGUCUAUGCCCCUCUCUUCACACGGACUCUGCCACUGGUACCACGAGCUCUGCAGGGAAGCCCAGCAGGCUUCCCAGACAGGACCAGUGCCUGCAAGUUCUGGCAACACGCGGGACCCCCAGGCCACACAGUCAGCGUUCAAGGCUAGGCAGUGGAGUUAAAGACCUGCCACCUGAGAUCUCCAGCUGCGCAAAGCCACCAGUGAAAGGGAUGAUCUUUCAAGAGGGCAUCGUUCAAACAGAGGAGAGAAAACGCUGGUGGAACUACAAGACCAAGAGGCCUUUCUGGCCUGUGCUGCCCCGAGCACUUCCCAAAGUACACAAGAAAGCAGGAGCAGCAGCAAGACCAUCACAAGGACCAGCUUUGAGCCUGGAGAAAAAAGCAGACAGCAGAACUGAAACCUGCCAGCCCUUGAACUCUAGCUUCAGUGACAAAAGAAGCACAGAGAAAUCAGACAGGCUAGCUAUGGAAAGACUGCACCGGCAGCUCCUGGUGGCCCUAAAACGGCCCAAGACUAGGAACGAUUGCUAUGAGUCAGGCAGUGGAACUGAAAAGCAACCUCCUGUAACCUCUUUCUGCACACAGCCACCAGUGAAAGGUAUGAUCAUGCAUGAGAACAGCCUUCCAACAGAGGAGGGGAAAUGCUGGUGGAACAGGAAGGACAAGAGGCCUUCUGAGUUCUGUAUAGCCUCCCCAGCACUUCCCAGAGUCCACAGGGAAGCUGGAACAGCUGCGGGACCAACAGGACCAGCUGCACGCCUGGAGAAAAGCAAUGCCAAGAGGCUUUUUGAGUAUUAUGCAGACUACCCAGCAGUUCCCAGAGUCCACAAGAAAGCUGGAGCAGCUGCAGGACCAACACCAGGACCAGCUUCAAGCCUGGACAAAAGCAAGCAGUUCCCAGAGUCCACAUGGAAGCUGGAGCAGCUGCAGGACCAACACCAGGACCAGCUUCAAGCCUGGAGAAAAGAGCAGAACUGA